CUCACACCAUACAUACAUCAACACUGCAAACAAUUCUCCAUUCCCUCUACGUACAAAAUGUCUGAAAUCAAUGAGAAAUCUCCCAAACACUGCGCUAACAAGCAAGCACUCGACCUCCACAAGUUCAAGAAGAAGCUCUUCUUCUACCUCACCACACUCCUCCUCGCAAUCCUUUCCCUCAUAUUCCUUGUUUGGUUCAUCCUCCACCCAUCAAAACCCCACUUCUCCCUCAAACACGCUGACAUCACUCAGCUCAACCUCACCGCCUCCUCCUCCCUCAACUCCUACAUUCAGCUCACCCUCCUCUCCACCAAUCCAAACAAGAAAGUCGGAAUCUACUACGAUCAGUUCUUGCUCUACGCAUCCUACAACGGCCAGAAGAUCACCAACGUCACCGCCAUCGACCCCUUCUACCAAGACCGCGAGGAGACGAACCUCCUCAGCGCCUCGUUGGUUGGCGACGAGCAGACGGUGGCGCCGUCCCUGGCUUAUCAAGUUAAACGCGACGAGGGGACAGGGAAAGUGGCCUUAAGCUUCAAGGUGAUGGGGAGGUUGAGGUGGAAAGUUGGGACAUGGACUUCGGGGAGGUAUAGGUUUAAUGUGAAUUGUGUGAGUGUUGUCGCGUAUGGAGGUAGAUCAGUUUCAUCACCUGCCUUGAUGAGUUUGAGACAGGGGACGGUGUGUUCUACUUCAGUUUGAUGAUGUCUGUUUUUUAUGAAUAAUUAGAGAGGUUGAUAGCUUCUUCUUCAUGAUCAGUAUUGAGGGUUUAUUAUUAAUUAAUAUUGUAAAUGUAAAGUGAUGAGAAAGUCAUGUAAUGUCAUGAGAUUGUUGUAAGGUUUAUUGCUGCCUUGUA